GUGCUCUGUGUUGGUGGCGGAGUUUUAGGGUUCAGGGUUCGGUCGUGGUUGCUUGGUGCAUGUGGGGCGGGCGAUGACUCCAUCAGUAGCGGUCGUGAAUUGACAUUCGCCUUCUUUGCCUUCUAGAACACGACCAGGACAUUAUUAUGAACGAGUCGCUCACUCAAAGACACACUAUCUCUCUAUUCCUCGAGCCUCGCUCACCCCUCGUCCUUUACGCCCGCACACGCUACUAGCCCACCUUCGUUGCCACUCCUCGAGCAACCCCCACUACAACAGAACCCCCCAUCGCUACCUCAGCACGCAGACGCCAUCAUGGCUGCUGUACAGACGACCAAGCCGUGGGACUUUCACAACGUCCUCGACUUGAUCAACACUCUCUCUCCGUCUAAUUCCCAAGCGAAAGACGUGCCUCCACGCCCCUCGAUGACCAAACACGACAGCAUGAACGAGUCUUCGUCACUGCCCCUCGCUUCACCCCUACAACACUUCGACGCCAUCGAUGAGGGUGUCUCGUUGGGUGACUUUGGCAAGAUCUGGCAAUACCUAGGCACACCAGUCAACUCCCCAGCUCCCAAGCAAAUCAAUGCCUCACCCACUCUCCAGCAGCGUAUGCCCGAGAAGGCCGACUACGCUAGUGACGGCGCCGCCUAUGCUACUCCAAGUAAACGCAAGGGUGGUAUCAAGUGGAGAGACGAAGUUAACGCUGGCGAUCUUACCGACUAUGCACCUCUAGAGGAGGACGAGGAUGAAGGCGACAAGAAGUUGACCAAGACGCAACGUAAGAAGAAGAACAAGAGAGAGAGGAAGAGGGCCGCUGCGACUUCAAAGACCGUCAGUGAUAUCGACGAGCCUGACUUCGAGAUGCCUUCUUUCUUCAACGAUACCCCCGCUCGUAAGGCUAGCGCCCAUAUCGUUUCUGCUGAAUUGGUCGGUAAGGCUGGUCGUCCUUCCAGUCCCGUGAAGAUGACAGCUUCUCGCCCAGCUCCCAGCGAGACAAGCAGCUCGACCAAGUCUCGCCAGUCCGAGAAGAAGGUGUACACACCUCAGUCGGAACCCAUCCACUUUGACUCCCUUGCAAAGUCAGCAGAGCCUCCAAAGACACCCGAGUCUAAGCACCAAAGAGAGUUUAAGAAGCGCUGGCCUGUUUCGACUCCAUUCGCUGCUACCAAGACCUCCCCUUUGCUGCCCGCAUCUGUACAGCCUACUCGCACAACGUCGAUUCCAUACAAGUCGACUGGUAUCACUGGAAACCCUUUCCACCAGGUCAACAAAGUCAGUGAAACCCCUGUCAAGAACCACAACCGUCCGGGUAUUCAGCCCAAGACUGUUCGCACUGGCGAGGACCGCAACUGGGCUUUGCUCCUGAAGAUCAUCGGCAACUUUUACGAGGACAGAGCAAGUCUCGUCAGUCCCGCAAACUCUAUAACCCACUCGAAUGACCCCAACGGCAUUCAUGUCUUCGUGGAUGCCUCUAACAUCUUCAUUGGCUUCCACGACCAGCUCAAACGCGCUCGCGACAUUCCGCAGAACGUUCACGUCCCCAAGGUGGACCUUUCAUUCGACGCCUUGGCUCUCCUCAUGGAGCGCCGCAGGCCUGUCGCCAAACGAUGCCUGGUUGGCUCAAAGCCCCACAUGGCCGCCUUCGAUGUGGCCCAGCGUGUCGGUUAUGAGUGCAACAUCCUGGAUAAGGUGCUCAAAGCGCGAGAGCUCACCGAGCGCCAGAAGUAUUUCCAGGAGCGCGAUCAGAAGUGGCGCAGCAGACGUAAUAGCAGCUACACCAAGAAUGGUAACAGCACUGGAGACAGCGGCGGUAGCGGCUCAGAAACGGGCAACACUGCUCCUGUCUUCGCGCCGGAGAAGUAUAUCGAGCAAGGUGUUGACGAGAUCAUCCACCUGAAAAUGAUGGAAUCUCUUGUUGAUACCGAGACUCCCUCCACCAUGGUACUGGCCACUGGCGACGCCGCUCAGGCAGAGUAUUCUGAAGGCUUCCUCAGAAUGGCCGAACGUGCCUUGAAGAAGGGAUGGAAGGUCGAGCUUGUCAGUUGGAGCAAGAACAUCAGUCAGGCUUACAAGAAGGCUGCCUGGACGAAGAAAUGGGAUGGCCGUUUCAGAGUCAUCGAGUUGGAUGAUUACGCUGAGGAAUUGCUUGACAUGUGAGAUGAGAUGAGAGACGGUGGAUGAAGCUGACGCGCAGAACUGCGAGGGACCGGGCUUCUGUAUUUUCCGGUCCCUUCGCUCGGGUACAUUAUGUUGAUGACACUGCAUUUUACGGCACGGUGUUUCUAUCUUUCUACACAUUGCGCAUAGCACGGAUAUGGGAUACGAGG